AUGUCUUUGAUACGCAACUGGGGAAAAGGAGAUAUCAAAAAGACUCAAUCUUUAGGAAGUGAAGAAUUCUUUGACUGCCAAGAAGACCUGGAGGAGACAGCUGCAUUACACAAGUGGAGUUCAUUAGAGCUUUUGCCUCAAGACAGUGAUACUCAGUCUACCAUCAGCCAGCCAGGCAAUGAAGACAGUAUCUUCUCCCAGUCCUUUAUGUCAAGGGUGGCUGCCGAGCGCAGUCGGGUUCUGGGUCGUAGCAUGGAGGCCUCGGCGCCAUCAUCCCCGUCCCACUCCCCCUCUCACCAGCCGGGUCCCUGCUCGAACACUGUCCUGCUCCUAGUCAUUCAUGCUGGAUCCGUCCUUGAUCCAAAUUCAGAUGUGAUGAACAAGAGAAGUGACUUGACCACCUUUAGGGGAGCCUUUGAGUCAGUGAUGCGACAACAUUACCCGCAUAUGGUUGGACAUGUUGCUGUGAGACUCGUUUCUGCUGCUCCUGUUUGUUCUGAUAGUCUUAAUGUGUUGUCAAGCUUAAGCCCAUAUGGCUUAGAUUCAUCUCCUGUGUGUGGUGAAACUUCUGGAGGUGACAGUGUACCUGUGGGAGCUGUGCCUCUGCUUGCCACUGCUACUCCUGAGUAUGAGGACGCUGUAAUGCGUACCCUCAAUGCCACCAAUGCUGCUUACCAUGAAUUCCUCAGGUCGGAAGAAGGGCAUGGAUUUAAUGGGCAGGUUUGCCUGAUUGGUGACAGCGUAGGUGGCAUCUUAGUAUAUGAUAUUCUUUGCCGUGUCCAUGAGCAACACAAGUACGGGAGCAAUAGCAACAUUCCUGAGGGAGAGCCUCCUUCCCCGGGUCAGUACUGCAAGCAGAAGCCUUCUCCAGCACAUCCUAGUUCCUCAUCUCUUUCCCCAGCGUCUCCUCCAUCAGGUUCUCCAGACCCUCCCCAGACCUCCUCCCCAGUCAUAUCUCCGUCCCCAUCUAUAACUGUUAGCAUUGAUAAUGCUUUGACAAACCCCUCAGGUGAUGUAUUUAGUCCAACCCUAGACACAAAAUCCCUACAAUCACCCAGUAGCCCUCCUACAUCUUGUAGCACACCACAACAUACUGAAACAGUGUAUUCAGCACAGACACUUAAUAACCCUCAGACUCCAUUGCGUAAGAUUUCUGCACCUUUGCCUGUGCCAGCACCUCAUGGCCAGGCUGUUAGAAAGUGUUCAGCACCUUGCAGUGUUCCCUGUAGUAGCACUGGGACUUUGGGCAACAGGGCAACUGGAGGACCUUGUAACAUGCCCACACCAUCACCACCAGGGGUUUCCACAACCUCUCCUAGUAACCCUAGUCAUUCUCAACACCCUUACCACCCACAUCACACUCCUGUGCAUCGUUUCCAUCUUCAGGGUAUUUGUAUCCCCCCUGAUGCCCUUCUUCCCGGGCCACUAAUCGAACGAAGAGGUGAUGAAACUUGUGAAGGAUCAAAAGUUUAUCGGAAAUCUGUCAGCGCCGACGCCACUCACCACUCCGAUGUCCCCCAUUGCCGAUCAGUGUCUGACUCCGAUUAUCAUUAUGCUAGGCAUCUCUCGGCCCCCUUCCCUCGGCGGAGGUCAUCGUCAUCAAGUCCCCAGCGCAAGUCGUCAUCUUCAAGUGACCAUGGGCACAGCAGACUGGAUUUCGAAGUCUCAGAUGUUUUCAUGUUUGGGUGUCCAUUAGCCCUUGUGUUAGUGUAUCGCAAGAUGGUGAAUGCCGAAGAUAAGAACUGUAUGAUACAGAGACCAGCUUGCCAACAAGUGUAUAACUUAUUCCACCCAACGGAUCCACUGGCUGUCCGUUUGGAGCCUUUACUCUCUGCCAGAUUUUCUCUACUCCCUCCAAUCACAAUUCCCCGCUACACAAAGUAUCCUCUUGGAGACGGGAACCCAACACAUCUGCUGGAAUGCAUUCAGACUCACGGAGAGGUGUUCCUGGACAUUGGAGGAGCCACUGGGUCUCCGUCUUUAGCAGGACAGGCUCGAAGAAUGUCCGAUGCCUCUAUUCUUUCCACCAUGUCAGGAAUGGCAGAUACCGUUCCUCUUGCAACAAUCAAUGCUUUGAGUCAGCGCUGGUGGGGAACGAAACGUCUGGAUUAUGCCCUCUACUGCCCUGAGGGCCUUGCAAACUUCCCAACCAACUCCCUGCCUCAUUUAUUCCAUGCGUCAUACUGGGAGUCCUCAGAUGUGAUUGCUUUCAUUCUCAGACAACUGGUUCGAACAGAUCACGCAGCUCUAACAGCAGAUGACAAAGAUCUGCCAGUGUUCUCCCCCACACAGCCCAGGGAGAAAUGGAUGAAGAAGAGAACCUCUGUCAAGAUUAAGAAUGUUGCUGCCAAUCAUAGAGGGAACGAUGUCAUUGUACGUGAAGGUGCCCCGCAGUGCAUACAAGCAAGAUUCAUGUAUGGACCUCUAGAUAUGGUUGCUCUCUCAGGUGAAAAAGUAGACAUUCACAUCAUGCGAGAUCCCCCAGGAGGGGACUGGCAGCAAAUAAGCACAGAAGUAACCGACAAGAAUGGGCGCAUAUCAUUCACAAUUGCUCCAGAGAAGGCUCUUGGGUUUGGGAUGUAUCCUGUGAAAAUGAUUGUCAGCUCCCAGGAAACUUGCCACAGCCAGCAGUUGGGUCCAGAGAUUUCUCAAGGUGACCACACUAGUGCUACUCUUUACCUGACUGUUGUGCCCCCCAAAACUGAGUGUGUAGUGUUUAGUAUUGAUGGGUCCUUCACAGCAUCGGUGUCAGUAACAGGCCGGGAUCCUAAAGUUCGCGCAGGAGCUGUUGACGUUGUUAGACACUGGCAAGAACUUGGAUACUUGAUAAUCUACGUGACUGGCCGGCCAGACAUGCAGCAGCAGAAGGUUGUGUCCUGGCUGGCCCAACACAACUUCCCUCAUGGCCUUGUCUCCUUUGCCGAUGGUCUCACCAGGGAUCCUCUGGCACAUAAAGCUGAAUAUCUUCGAGGACUGAUCCAAGAUCAUGCAAUCGUCAUUGUAGCAGCAUAUGGAAGUUCGAAGGACAUAGCAGUGUACAACAGUAUUGGCUUGAAGACAGGGCAGAUUUACAUCGUGGGAAAGGCCAGCAAAAAGCAACAUGCAAAUGCACAGGUCUUAAGUGACGGUUAUGCUGCCCAUUUGUCCUCACUCUCAGCCUUAGGCAAGUCCAGGCCUGCGAGAGGAAACCCGCAGAUGGUCAUUCCCCGUGGAUUCUUCGGUCUGCCCGGCCAAAACAAUGCUUUGAGGAGACGACGUUCCUUAGCACAAACUGACUACUGUCUUUUCCCGUCCUGGGAAGCUUCAGCAACGUGAAGGUGUAAUCAGGUCCAGAGGUUCAUCUCACUCCCCUCAUCCAAAUCAUAUGAGCAUGAGACGAUAGUAGUACCUAUGUUUUGAACACAGAGUUGGACUGUUAAUUAUGUUAUUAGGCAAGAGGAAAAAAAAGGAUGGAUAUUGAUGACGGCAGAGAUUUGCUUUGAUCAUUGAUGAUGGCAAAAGGUUGAUGGGUUAUAAGCUGUUUGACAUGUGUGGUGUGACAUUAUGAAUGUUUUUGGAAGACUGCAUGAAAAGUGAGAGGACUGUAUGAAUGUAAUUAUUAGAGAUUUUAUGAAAUCUUAUCGGAACACUGCAGUGAAGAAUGUGCGUUCUCUUGAAACUCCUAUUUUCUUCUUCGUCUUCUUCUUUUUUAUGAAAUGUGAUGCUUUUUCUGGUAUACAUUUAGGAGAGAAUUAAACUGAUGUGUAUCUUAGUAGGAACUGUUGCCAUACUUUAGUAUUUGUU